AGAUACUUUGACAGCUGAUUGAUUUCUCGAUGAGAGUAUCAGCGUAAAUAUUUAUUUUAAAUCAUUGUAAACAAACCGAAAGACAGACAUUUUACUGUUUCAAACAAUUUCUGUGUAUUCAUUUUACAACCAUAUAAUGUUAGUAUAAACAAAAUGUCAGUGAUAUUUAUGAUUUUUCAAAUCAGUGUUGUUUCUUUGAGUUGCUCUUUUGGAGAAGAAAUCAAUUUGUACGGCGAUGCUGGUGAAGCUUAUGCUAUAGAAGUAAAUAUAGGUCAUCCACACCAAAAGUUCAAAUUACUAGUAGACACAGGGAGUACAACAUUGGCCUUAGCUGCCUAUGCUCGAGAAGAUAGUAAUGUAUACUUCCAUGCGGACAAUUCAAGCAGUCUGUAUAAUAGUGGCACCACUAUAGAAGCAGCAUACACUCAGGGUACAUGGACGGGCCUCCUUGCUUCAGACUUCAUACAAUUUCCAUCACUAAGUAUACCGGAAGUGCGCUCAGACUUUGCACUCAUAACUAAGAGCCAUGAAUUUUUCACCAAAGCUUCAGUUUGGCAGGGUCUAUUAGGCCUCGCCUAUAACCCAGUUGGAGCUUGGGGAAAGUCCGGUGCAGUAGAGUCCUGGUUAGAUGCUCUGGAUCGCAACAUGAACAAGCCAAUGUCAUUUCAAUUGAAACUCUGUGGACCAAUAAGCACGUCCAACACUACACAUUAUGGAUACUUUACAGUUAUUGACAAUCAAACACCGCAAUCAAAUCACAAUAAAACAUUCCGGACCCCAGUACUAAGGAAGCGAUGGUACGAAGUAGGCGUCAUAGGUGUCAGAGUCCUAAGUUCAUUGACAUCUGAGGCUAAGAACAAAACGGCGGAUGAAAUAAGGGAGCCUGACAAAGAUAUGUGCUCGCAACUGAAUACGGUGAAGAGUAUUGUUGAUAGUGGUACUACGCAGAUUAAAUUGCCUGAUAAAUUGUUUAGAGAGGUUGUUGACGAGUUGAAGAAUGAAUUUAGGAAGUCUCAAGUUCUUAUCUUAGACGAAUUUUGGAAUCGAAGAGAGGCUGCAUGCUGGCUAGAACCUCAAGUGUGGACGUUACCUUGGUUAGCCAUAGAUCUGCUAAGCGCUGAUGCUGACAAUCAGUACUUCACAUUGGAGAUACCACCCCAGAACUACAUGUUAGUAGUGGGGGUCCACAACAGUAGUGACACGUCGGGCACAGUGUCCACGUACUGCUACAAGCUGGGACUGGAGACUGGUUACACGGAGACCGUGCUGGGAUAUACGGCCAUGGAGGGAUUACAGGUAACCUUCAACAGGUCAGCCGGUUGGAUCGGCUUCAAACAUCUGACUGUGGAGCAAACGCUCGUAUCACAGGUCCCUACAACACUUCAACUUCUUUAAAAACAACUUGUGAGCUUAUAAAGCCGGUUGCAGAAGUAGCGACAUCUAUACAAGCCGCCCAAUGGGCACUAUGCGCCAUCUCGAUAAUAGCCGCCAGUGUGCUAUUGUAUCUACUCGCUCCAUGUAUUAAAAACUUAUUCUUAAAAAAAAUGCCUCGGUCACAACAG